AUGGAACAGGUGGAAUACCUAGAAGGAGCGAUUUUGCCCAAUGUCUUGGACGGGCUUGCCAAGUUGCCGUCCUUUGGUGAAAAUUCCACGUCUCUGGCGCAGUCGCUUUAUCAAGUGGCAUCUCAUGGAAACCACUCCCUGCCAUAUUUCCCAGGUCCCACGUCCUGGCUGUCUUGUCGAUGUGCUGACGGAUGGGGUCCCCUUUCCUCAAGAUACAAUGACUUGACUCCAUGCUUUUUGCAAGGCAUCUUGUACGUCCUUGCCGGGGUGCUCAUGGUAACGGUCAGUUCCAAGCAGCUUUACCAGUUGUACCACAGAAAAAUUACCUCGGGCAACAAGGCCAACUUGACUUACUACACUAGACUUGGACUCACGGUAUUGCAUUUUGCGUUCUCCGUGACGCUAUUCCUUUCCUACCUGGAGCCAUUCGAUAUCAUCAAGCUUGGCUUGCUCUUGAACAUUGCAUCCCUAGUGCUAGCUUUCGGUCUCCAUUUUCUUGAGCACUUCAAGGCCACCAUUUCGUCUGGCGUUUUGCUUUUCUACUGGCUUUUCCAGGUGUUCUUCAACCUUGGCAGAAUCAUCAACUUGAAUUUGAGACACGAGAAGCUGAACAACUUCUUUGCCAUUUCGAUCUUGGCCACCAUCAACGCAUUCAUCGUGCUUCUCCUUGAGAACUACUUCCCUCCGCUCUCCAGCCAGCCGUACGCUAAGCAACUUAGUAUUGCUCCAUACGAUAAGGCGAACAUCUUCUCCCGUAUUGCGUUCAACUGGAUGGCCCCAUUGAUGAGGAAAGGUUUUUACCAGUUCUUGACUGAGAAGGACUUGCCAUUCUUGCCAUCUGAACUCAAGUCUGGUACAGCUGCCGAUAAGUUCUACCACUACUGGAACGCUAAACCAAACCCAUCUUUGUUCUUCACUUUAGCCAAGGCUUUCGGUGUGCCCUUCUUGAUUGGCGGUGUAUUCAAAGGUCUUCAAGAUGUCCUUGCUUUCUCCCAACCUCAAUUGCUUAGACUUUUGAUCAGCUUUGUCAAUCAGUACUCCGACUCCUUGGAUAUCGGUGAGCCAAUUCCGCUCACCAAGGGAUUGAUGAUUGCAGUUGGUAUGUUCCUUGUUUCAGUGGUCCAGACCGCUUUCUUGCAUCAAUACUUCCAGCGUGCUUUUGACUUGGGAAUGAAGAUCAAAUCGUCAAUGAUUUCAGUCAUCUAUAAUAAGGCUCUUGUGUUGUCAAAUGAAACGAAACAGCAGUCCAACACAGGUGACAUCGUGAACUUGAUGUCUGUUGACACCCAGAGAUUACAAGAUUUAGUGCAGAACUUGCAAAUUAUUUGGUCUGGUCCAUUCCAGAUCAUCUUGUGUUUGUAUUCUUUGCACGGCUUGUUGGGUAACAGUAUGUGGGCAGGUGUGUUCAUCAUGGUGAUCAUGAUUCCACUUAACGCUGUUAUUGCCAAGACAAUGAAGAACUUGCAGAAGACCCAAAUGAAGUACAAGGAUGCUAGAUCCAGAUUGAUUAGUGAGAUCUUGAACAACAUCAAGUCGCUUAAGUUGUACGGUUGGGAAGCCCCAUACAUGGAGAAGCUCAGCUUUGUCAGAAAUGAGCAAGAAUUGGGCAACUUGAGACGUAUGGGUUUGUUUGGCUCUCUUUCGACUUCGUCUUGGAGUAUGACUCCCGUCUUGGUCAGUUGUUCCACUUUCGCUUUGUUCGUCAUUAACAAUCCUGACAAGACCUUGUCGACCGAUAUUGUCUUCCCAGCAUUGUCGUUGUUCAACUUGUUGUCUUUCCCAUUGGCUGUCGUCCCAAUGGUGAUCACUAACAUUGUUGAGUCUCAAGUCGCCAUCUCGAGAUUGACAAAAUUCUUGAACGGUAGCGAGUUGCAGGCCAACGCUGUCACAAACCUUCCAAAGGCAACCUCUAUUGGUGAUGUCGCUGUUUCCAUCAAGAAUGGUACUUUCUUGUGGUCUAAACAGAAGGGUGAGGAGUCUUACAAGGUUGCCUUGUCCAACAUAAAUUUGUCGGUCAAGAAGGGUGAAUUAGAUUGUAUUGUUGGUAAGGUUGGUUCCGGUAAAUCAUCGAUCAUCCAAUCUCUUUUGGGAGAUUUGUACAAGCUUGAUGGUGAAGUAAAGGUCCGUGGUAAGGUUGCUUACGUUUCACAGGUUCCUUGGAUUGUCAAUGGCACAGUCAAGGAAAACAUUUUGUUUGGUCAUAAGGAAGAUCCUGAAUUCUACCAUAAGGUUUUGAAAGCAUGUGCGCUUACCGUUGACUUGAAGAUCUUGCCAAAGGGUGAUAAGACCGAGGUUGGUGAAAAGGGUAUCUCCUUGUCUGGUGGUCAGAAGGCGAGACUUGCAUUGGCCAGAGCCGUCUAUGCUAGAGCUGAUGUCUACUUGUUAGAUGACCCAUUGUCUGCCGUUGAUGAGCACGUUGGAAGACACUUGAUUGACAAUGUCUUGGGUCCUAAUGGUCUCUUGAAGUCCAAGUGUAAGGUUUUGGCAACCAAUGCUAUUCACGUGUUGUCUAUUGCUGACAACAUGCACAUGGUAAAGGAUGGCACUCUUGUUGAACAGGGUACUUACUUGGAGAUCAUGUCACAGGAGAGAAGUCAAUUGCGCCAGCUCAUUCUCUCCUUUGGUUCAAAGAGGGGCGAUGACUCCACUGUUCCAUCUUCCUCCGCUGCAUCAGUCAGAAACUCCGAUUUGGAAGAUAUCAAAGACACUGACAACCUCGCUAGUUCUGAGAACACUUCCGACUCUGAAAUUCGGAGUUUGAGAAGAGCUUCGGACGCUACUUUGAUCACAGAUGAGGAGCGCUUGCUUCGUCUGGCUGAUGAUGACGAUGAAGAGGAAGAUGAGGACACCAAGGCUAGAAAAGAGCAGUAUCAGCAGGGUAAGGUCAAAUGGGAUGUCUACAGACAGUAUGCUAAAGCAUGUGGCCCAUUCAACGUUAUUAUCUUCUUGGCUUCCACAAUUGUCUCGAUGACCUUCAAUGUGAGCUCCAAUGUUUGGUUGAAGCACUGGUCUGAGGUCAACACAGAGAAAGGUUACAAUCCUGCCUUGGUCAAGUACUUAGGUAUCUACUUUCUUUUGGGAUUCUUGUAUUCUGCGAGUAUGAUGUCCCAGAUGAUUAUCAUGUGGAUUUUGUGUACCAUUCAUGGAUCGAGGAAGAUGCAUAAUGAUAUGGCAGCCAGUGUUUUGAGAGCCCCUAUGUCAUUCUUUGAGACGACUCCAAUUGGCAGAGUCUUGAAUAGAUUCUCCAAUGACAUCUACAAGAUCGAUGAGAUCUUGGGUCGUGUUUUUGCCAUGUUCUUCACCAAUUCGGCUAGAGUUUUGUUCACCAUCCUUGUCAUCUGUUACUCCACAUGGCAAUUUAUCUUUAUUGCUGCUCCAUUGGGAAUUUUGUACGUUUAUUACCAGCAAUACUACUUGAAGACCUCAAGAGAGUUGCGUCGUUUGGACUCUGUGUCGAGAUCUCCAAUCUUUGCCAACUUCCAGGAAUCUUUGAAUGGUGUCUCAAUCAUUCGUGCUUAUGGCCAGGUUGAGAGAUUUAAGUUCUUGAACCAGGCAAGAAUUGAUAAGAACAUGAGAGCAUACCAUCCCUCAGUGAAUGCUAACAGAUGGUUGGCUGUGAGACUUGAGUUUUUGGGUUCCGUCAUCAUUUUGGCAUCCUCUGGAUUGGCUAUUUUGACUUUGAAGUCGAGCGGUAUCAGUGCUGGUUUGGUUGGUUUGUCUGUUUCUUACGCUUUGCAGAUUACUCAGUCCUUGAACUGGAUUGUGAGAAUGACGGUUGAAGUUGAGACAAACAUCGUGUCUGUUGAGAGAGUGCUCGAAUAUUCUGAGUUAACUCCCGAGGCUCCAGAGAUUAUUGAGAAUAAUAGACCACCAGCCUCGUGGCCCGACAAGGGUGAGGUUAUCUUCAAUAACUACUCCACAAGAUAUAGACCAGAAUUGGACUUGGUGUUGAAGAAUAUCAACCUUAAGGUGAAGCCACAUGAAAAGAUUGGAAUUGUUGGAAGAACAGGCGCAGGUAAGUCUUCUUUGACUCUUGCUUUGUUCAGAAUCAUCGAGGCUGCCGAGGGAAAUAUUGACAUCGAUGGCCUUGAUACAAGCAAGCUUGGUUUGCAAGAUUUGAGACAUAAACUCUCUAUUAUUCCACAAGAUGCACAAGUCUUCGAAGGUACUAUCAGAGAGAACUUGGAUCCAUCAAAAUCCUUCACCGACGAGAACAUUUGGAAGGCUUUGGAAUUAUCUCAUUUGAAGGACCAUGUCCUCAAGAUGUACAAUGAGAGAGGUGAAGACGAUAAGGACAUGAAGGACGGUUUGGAUGUCAAGAUGACAGAAGGUGGCUCCAAUUUGUCUGUUGGUCAAAGACAAUUGAUGUGUCUCGCAAGAGCAUUGCUCAUCCCAUCUCAUAUUCUUGUUUUGGAUGAGGCCACAGCAGCUGUUGACGUUGAGACAGACCGUGUGUUGCAAGAAACCAUCAGGAAUGAGUUCAAGGACAGGACUAUCUUGACGAUCGCCCACAGAUUGAACACUAUCAUGGAUUCCGACAGAAUUGUUGUUCUUGAGCAAGGAGAAGUUGCUGAGUUUGAUACUCCAGAGAACUUGUUGAAGAAUAAGGACUCCUUAUUUUAUGCCUUGUCUAAGCAAGGCGGUCUUGUCGAUGAAGAAGAGGAGACAGAAAAGGCCGAGUGA